UGUUCUCUUUUCUGGUUCUUUCUUUUUGCUAUUCUUUUUUUGUAUUUCCUUCUUCAAUAGAAUUGCAAUUUCUAUUCUGUUCCGUUUGAACCUCUUGAUACCCCUCGCUCUGGUGCAAUCGCAUCAUCUCUUCCCACUUUUGCCAAAUCGCAUAUAGAAAACACCAACAGACUCUCCGAAACAUCUCCCACAAUGAGUCGCACCAAGGUCCUCCUCCUAGGCAAAAUUGACCACGCCCACGUCGCAUGGUCCACCAUCUCCGACAUUGCGGAAAUCGUCCAGCCAACAGCCACCAACAGGCAGGACUUCAUCGCCGAGUGCCAAUCCGGCGCCCUGGACGGCGUCUCCGUAGCAUACCGGACGUUUGAUUCCGCAAACGUCACUGGCCGAAUCGACAGCGAGCUGCUGGACGCCUUUCCCAAGAGCCUCAAGUUUCUGUGCCACAACGGCGCCGGCUACGACCAAAUCGACAUCCCCGCCUGCACCGCCCACUCCGUCCGCGUCUCAAACACCCCCACGGCCGUCGACGACGCCACGGCCGACGUCACCAUCUGGCUGCUGCUCGGCGCCCUGCGCAACCUGCCCGUCGGCAUCAAGGCCCUGCGCGAGGGCAAGUGGCGCGGCUCGCCGCUGCCCCAGCUGGGCCACGACCCGCAGGGCAAGAUCCUCGGCAUCCUGGGCAUGGGCGGCAUCGGGCGCAACGUGGCGACCAAGGCCCGCGCCUUUGGCAUGCGCAUCCGCUACCACAACCGCCACCGGCUGAGCCCGGAGCUGGAGGACGGCGCCGAGUAUGUCGACCUGGAGACGCUGUACAGGGAGAGUGACGUGCUGAGCCUGAACCUGCCUCUCAACCCCAGCACCCGCCACUCCGUCGCCGCCCCCGAGUUCGCCCUCAUGAAGCCCGGCAUCGUCAUCGUAAACACCGCCCGCGGCGCCGUCAUGGACGAGGCCGCCCUCGUCGACGCCCUCGCCUCGGGCACCGUCUCCUCCGUCGGCCUCGACGUCUACGAGAACGAGCCCGAGAUCCACCCGGGCCUGCUGGCCAACGACAACGUCCUGCUCGUCCCGCACAUGGGCACCUGGACGCAGGAGACGCAGCAGAAGAUGGAGGAGUGGGCGAUUGACAAUGUCCGGCUGGCGGUGACGCAGGGGAAGCUGAAGAGCAUUGUGCCGGAGCAGAAGGAUUUGGCGUGAGCUGUUGAAGAGAAUAGAGUGAAUUGAAAUAAAAGCGUGUUGAAGGAUGUGGUUUAAAUGGGAUGCUGUUUUAGCAACGUUAUAGAUGGAUUCUACAAAUGAACAAGUGCAUCAUAGAUGACCUUGAAGUCUCGCAACUAUGGCAUGUUCAAACCGAUAGCACCCAAGGUGAAAUGUAGCAAAAAGAACCAUGGAUACUUCUUCAUUAUCAGACAUAGUCACACUGUCACAUUCAAAUAAAAACAUAUUUUACUC